GCUCCAUGAUUCUGGAGAAGGUGGGGCUUCUUCGUGGCCACGUCAGUGGCCCCAGCAACACGAAUCUUGUCUACCACAGCUCCAAACUGAUGGCCCUUUCAGAAGCCGAUUACCCAAUGGAGCUCCGCAUCCUCCAAGAUGGGAAGACGGAGUCAGACGAGAAGUAUCUCUACAACGAUAUGUGGAAUGCCCAUCCGAAGAUCGAUCCAGUUUCUGGCAAGUUGUACUGGCUGGACUACGACCUCACUGGCCUUUCAGGGAAGUUCUCCUACGGCGUUCUUGAUGCCGAUGGCAAGCCAGAGAGGAACUGCAGCGGCACUAUGGGCGGAGGAAAAUCUGUCAUGAUCCACGACUUGGGCAUUACCGAGAGGUAUGCGAUCGUCAUCGACGUUCCCGUGAUGGUGGGCAUUGAGCAUUAUGCUACGGAGAAGACAUUGUGGAAAUACGAUGCAUCGCACG